AGUUCAAUCGUAGGACAUGUGAAGCCCCGAAGAAGUGAAUGAUGGCGCUACCCGUUUUGAGAUGUUGUAGCUGUAAUGUUAGCAGGCAACCCUUGGUUCUAACUCGUCUCUUUAAACCUAACUGCCUGGUACUUAACCAAAUAAAUGUCACACGGACUAUCCCUCUGGCAUCGGUUGUAUCUACGGUCCGAAAUUAUAGCUCGGACCGCGGCGGGCAAAAACAAAACCAGAAGGUGGUUGUAGUUGGUAUUCCUAACCCUUUCAUAUGGUUCCGAACACGAAUAUAUUACUUUUUGAUCAGGACAUAUUUUGAUAAGGAGUUCAAUAUCGAGGAUUUCACUGAAGGUGCAAAACAGGCGUUUUCCCAUGUGUCCAGUCUCCUGUCCAAGUGUCAGUUUGAGGCUCUCGAAGGACUUGUCGCAAAAGACUUAGUAGGUAAGCUUCAGGAGAAAUGUGAACAUCUUCCUGUAAGCCACAAGAGGGCCCUCUCAGCAGAUCCAGAUGACAUUAUGUACACCACUCCUGGCGAUGUCGGGAUUUACUAUGAUGACAAUGGGCGGAAAUUUGUGAGUAUUCUUAUGCGUUUCUGGUACUUAACAAGUGCCAGACUACCUGAGGAGACCAUGGAGGGGGCACGAAUCUUCCAGGUAUCCAUUGGUGCAGAGGGUGAGACCGAGACCAAGCGCCUUCUCUCAGCCAAUUAUGAGUUCCAGAGGGAAUUUACCCAGGGAGUGGUACCCGACUGGAUCAUCACCCGAAUAGAACACUCCAAGCUGCUCGACUGAAGUUCAGAAAGUAAAAAAGAUUGAGGGUAGACAGGGGCUCUCUCCCUUUCUUUACUUUUUGUUGUUUGCACUUUUGAAUAUGAAAUGCCCUGAAGUUCAGGGUCCCUUACUGAGCAACGCUGGAAGAACUGCAACAUGAGUUUUCCAGUCCACACACGUUGAAAUCCGAGAUGACCAUACCUCACUUGGAACAACUGCAAGGGAUUUUGUUGCCUAGCCAAGCUCACUGGGAAAAGUUGCCUUUGUUAUGUUUGUACCAUUGUAACUUCACUAGUGUUUGACUUUGGUUAAAGUCUUCGGAUAACACCCAACAUACAAGAGUAAGAAGGUCAGAGAGAGGGAAAACAUACAGUCCAUGUAUAUGAGAUUUGACUGCUAGUCUUAGUCUUCGGUCAGCUGUGGUUUGUUUUUGUUUAUGUCUCUAUAUUGGGUCCAGCUGAGAGAAUGGCCUGGCACAGGCACAGGUGGUUUAGGAUGUUUUUGUGGUUGUCUCAAAUGUAUUUUCAUUCCCUGCAUAAUCUAUACAUUUAUUUACAUAUUUCAAUCAGUAUGCAGAGAGCUACUGUGUGUCUUCUGUCCUUGUAUGGUUUGCCACAAUUAAAAGCUCUAAGUUGUGGAAACCUCUCGGAAGAAUCUGAAAGCUCUGUCAAGUGAUGGGCCUCGUUCACACACAAUGUGAAACUAGUCCAAUUUUAUUUUGAGCCGAGUAUUUGUAUUUUUUAUGUGCUGUUGUGUGAUGUCAUCUGAAUGUUUUUAUGAGAUCAUACCACACAGUGUGUCAGGUGAUGUGUGAGAUGAGAUGAGAUGACCCAUGUAGCACCUGAGAUUUGAGUGUUUGUGGCAGCUUGACACAGCUGAACUUUGACUGCUGAAAGAAUUCAUAAUAAAAUACAAUUUAAACCUUAA